GGUAGAAUAAAGCUCUUCAUCACACAUAUUCACCACCAUUAUCUCCUUGCUCUUUAAGAUAUUUCCUAAUUUCAUGAAGGCUACAGAACAAAGAUCAUAUUUCAUCAGUAAAUCAAAUUCCAUCAAAAGAGAACUGCUGGAAAAUGGAUAGACAAAAUCAUGCAAAUGUGACAGAAUUUGUCCUCUUGGGUUUAGUGGACAACCCAAAAAUGAAGCAAUUGUGCUUUGUUAUAGUGUUAAUUAUGUAUUUAAUCACCAUGUCUGGAAAUCUUGGGAUCAUCAUGUUAAUCUGGAUGGAUUCUCAACUCCAGAGCCCCAUGUAUUUCUUCCUCAGCCAUCUGUCUUUCUUAGAUAUUGGAUAUUCUUCAGCCAUUGCGCCCAAAAUGCUGAAGAAUUUUCUAACAGAGAAGCAUACCAUUUCUUAUACGGGCUGUGCUACACAGAUGUAUUUCUUUGUCUUCUGUGCAAGUACAGAGUGCAUCCUCCUGGCUGCAAUGGCUUAUGACCGGUAUGAAGCUAUCUGUAAUCCUCUCAUGUACAUAGUUACUAUGUCCCCCCAAAAGUGUAUCCUGAUGGUGACUGUAUCCUACUUCAUUGGCUUUCUGAAUGCAGUGACACAAACAAUUUCCACCUUCACGUUAUCUUUCUGUGGCUCCAACAUCAUCAACCAUUUCUUCUGUGAUGUUCCCCCAUUGUUAGCUCUUUCUUGCACUGACACAAGUAUCAAUCAAAUGGUGCUGUUUGUGUUUGCUACAGUCCUGGGCAUAUUCACUUCUGCAGAAAUUUUGGUCUCAUAUACAUUGAUCCUGUCUGCAAUUUUGCGGAUUCACUCAGCGGAGGGGAAACAAAAGGCCUUUUCAACAUGUGCCUCACACUUAAUGGCUGUAACCAUCUUCUACGGAACAACAGUCUUCAUGUAUUUACGUCCAAGUUCUACCUACUCUCUGGACCAGGACAAGUGGGCCUCCAUGUUUUAUACUGUGGUGAUUCCCAUGCUGAAUCCCCUUAUCUACAGUUUGAGGAACAAGGAAGUGAAAAAUGCCUUGAGAAGAAUUCAAACAUAUGAGAUAGCUUUCUUAAGGAACUUGAAAAACGUCUUCCAUUCGGUGCCGAGCAAAAAGCAACAGGUGGAAGGCGGCAUUUUCCUCUCUUACCUCCUCUUGGCUGCUGUCGCUGUAGAGAGGUCAGGGGACACGCCUCAUGGACUCCAUUCCUGUAAGCAUCACCAUGGCUACGGGGGCAUGUCCCCUAGCCUCUCUACAGCGACAGCAGCUGAGAGGAGGUGA